ACAAUUAGCACUCCUCUCACCACCUCUUCAACACACGCUUCCGUGACCUUCAGGGUCUUCCACGGACUCUCAAAAUAUGCAGUCGGAUUAUGAGUUUACGGCUAAGGAUGGGGGGAAAGUCUGGACACGUAGACUCUUCGGCAUUGAACAGUUGGUCGGUGUCAUGGCAUCAAAAACUCCAGGCUUUGGGGCUUUGACGGGCGGCUUCGUCCUGUCACUCCCACGUCCCGUUCCCGCUGCAGCCUUACGCAUACCUCUUGAGGUCGCGUGGACACGCUUGCGGUCUAUUGCGCCCGUGGUUGGGCUGAAGACUAAAGACGCAAAGAAGGAUGAUGCCAGUAAUCCGGAGAAUUCACUCUACUUCGAGUAUGCCGUCCCCGAUGACGCCGAGUCCGUCCAUGCAUGGGUGAAGGAGACAAUUAAAUGGCACGAUGACCCUAUGACGCUGCGCGAGCGAGACAUCGCAAUGAAGAACAUAUGGUGGCGUGCUGGUGAUGGGAAGUACAACUACGAGCUUCAUGUUGCACCUGAUGUUGAGAAAGAUAAAUGGCAAAUCAUGAUCCACUCAGCACACUGGUCGGCAGAUGUGCGCGGGACGCUGCAACUCUCUGAGCUUCUCUUCACUUAUCUCAAUGAGUAUCUCGUUCUGCACCCCGAUCAAGAGCCGAGCCUCUCAGUCAAAUGGGGAGAGGAGACUAAGAAGUUGACGCCGCCGGUCGCACUCGUGGCCGCGCAGGUAGCUGGAAUGCCCGUAUCAAUGCUUUUCCCAAAACCGCCUUCUGGGAAUGGAUCUGCACCCGAGACGACCCAGCCGCCGGAAGCUGAUGCGCCGAACGGGAACGUGCAGCCCCCUAAUUCGGAUGAAGGCGAGCAGAAGCUAGCACAGAAGGAAGACGAAGGAAGCGCUGCUGCGCCCGCUGGUCCAGUCUUCUUCCUUCGUCCCACACCCUUGCUUGAUGAGACCCCUACAUUCGACGCUGUCGCAACAGACGUCUGGCUAACAAAGGACCAGACGACGCAAUUCCGCGAAAAGUGUAGACGCUAUGGCAUCACUGUUACACAAGCAGUUACGGCCUUGAAGGCAGUUGCUGAAGUAGAGUGGGUACUCACCUACGGCGAAGGACGCACGGGGGAGAAACAGAAACGGGUCUUGGAGACCUACGAAAAGGCGUCGCAUCUGCCAAGUCUCUGGAAUGUCGUUGAUCAGCGACACAAAUUGAAAGAGUUUGCACGAUAUGAUGGUGCAAAGGGUUCAGUCCCGUUCGGUUCAGAAGGAUUCCCUCUUAUGCUAGACAUGACAACGAUUCGUCAGGCCGUGAAGUACAACAAGGAGACCGACAAGGUCGAGCGCAAUACAAGCGAUGACGUCUUCUGGGAUAUUGUGGCCAAACAUUGCCGUGAUCUAUGGAAGUCCAGUGACUGCGACAUCCCAGCGUUCCUCGAGCGCGAGAUGAUGUGCAACAUGUACAGUACUAUGUACGACCCAAGCGCAUACAUGAUUCCAGCGUUGAUGGCGUCCUCGAUUGGAGAUAUUGAACGGCUCGGACUCCUUACUGCAUUCUCGCCCUCCGUCCCAUCCAAUGCUCAGGAGCGGCUCCUGAUUGAACAGGUGUCCAUUAGUGUACGAUGCCCGACCCCAGUGAAGAUGGUACUUUCGUGGCAGUGGGAUGGCAGACUGCUGGUACGCCCCCAGACAGCAUCGCGCUGGACUUCCCAGAAGGGUCUUGACAGGAUGGGUGAGAUACUCCGCUCCUGGAUCGAGGAGACGUGUCUGUCCGCAUGAUACCGGUUAUGUCAAGCUACCGUCAAAAGUACCAGUCCAGAUGUUUGGUUUUCUUAUUCUUAAUUUCUUAUCAUUUAUGACUUUAAUGCUUGUCAAUUGAACGUUUGGAUAGGUGUAAUUUGGACGGAUCGUUGUAGUGGAUUAUGGAUUUAUACCCGAUGAAGCGAUAGUUGUAUUUCACUUGUUUGAUACCAGUCUUAGGUAUAUAGUAAUAAGUACAUUUAGCAUACAGAUUAGUAACAUAGUUCCUCUCAAUUUAU